UAACAGCAGCAGACGACAAGAACACAGAAGUGUCAAACUACCAUAUAUGUGUAAUUUUUACUGGCCGGAGAACUGCAGUGGAACGUCAAUCGAAAGGAAAUUGUUGCGACAUAAGUAUUAUCUACAAAUAUAAUUUUUCUAAUAGAUAUGAUAGAGAAUCUCGCAGCAAAAUUAUGCUUGCUACUGUCGGAAAAUGCCAAUACAGCCGAACAAUGGAAGCUACUGGGACAGGAGAGAGAUGGUUCGAUACUUAUCAGUUGGGUGGAGGAAUCAGAAAAAGGCAAUGUACAUACAUUAUGUACUGUAAUUGGCCGUUACGACCAGAUUAACAAUAAAUUACAAGUAUUAUACUGCUUUCCAAAGGUAUUAAAUAUCGUUCAAGCCACAGUCAAUCAAAAUCAUAAUUUAUUAGGAUAUGUAACGAAGCAAAAAGAAAAUCACUUGGAGCCAGCAGAUGCCAAUGAAAAUCGCUGUUCAGACAACAUUAAUGCAACCGAUGAACUUUGCAGAGAGCUUUAUAGAGUAUUUAUCAUUGAAUUGACGACUGAUGAUGACAAAAUGCAUAAUCUAGAGAUAGAGAGAUCUAAACAAGUGCGGAUACAAUUUUUAUAUAGAGAAAAAGAGCAACUCAAUGUAGACAAAUUUUUGGUGCUAAUACAUCAUGAAUGUGUCAUGAUAUACACUGUUCAAUUUGAUACAUCUGAAAGUGAUUUAAGGCCGAUAAAAGAAUUAAAAUCUGAAAUACUUGUAAAAACCUUUAUAUGGGCUCAAUGGGAUAUGAUUAAUCAAGUUCUUUAUCAUAUACAUCAUCGACGAAUACCCGCGAGUGUAGUUACUGAGAAUGAUGAUGAAAAUAAUUCCAAAUCUUCAAAACCGACACUUAGCGGUCUUCAAUUUCAUGAUGACUUGCCUCAUGAAACAGUGCUGAAUAUCCCAUUAAAUUUACCACUACUAUCACCGUCCUCUAAUUGCGGGACUUACGAGGACGACGUAAUACCCCUACGAGUCCACGAUUGUUCUCUAGAUCUCAUAGUAGUGUCGGAUACCAAGGGGAUGGUUUGCGUUUGUCACUACUACCUUUACCGACCCGUUCAGCCACCUCAGCACGUACUUAACUCCUUGAACGAGUCCAACACGGUGCACUUCGCAUACUCGGUGACGCUUUUACAUCGCAGCUGCGUCAUCCACUGUGUUAUACCUGGUAUAACGUGGUCGCGCGCCAAGCUGAUGAGACCGACCUUCGCAAUCUACGAGGGCCAUCAUAUGAUAGUGUUCGUGCCGGGGCUGUUUGCCCAUCUUCUCGAGAUCGGUGUGAACCACGAGCCCUGUUGUCACAUACUAUGCGGCCCACCGCCGUCGAUACCGUCUCGCGUUUCCUAUCUGGUGCCCUUGCUCGACCUGGAUAACACCAGCAAAGGCACGAGAAAGAAUUCCUACAAUCCGGACGGUAGUUCCCUCGCGAAUUCUAGCAGUGUACUGACGAUAGACUUGCCCACUCUGGAUCUGGUGCCGUUGACAAUCCCCCCGGACUUUCUCAUCGAGGUCUUUCGCAAGGAGAUCUCGGUCGAGAUCCGUCUGGGGAUACUCCAUUAUUUUCUCUGUCAUAAAAACGACACGGAAGUAAUCGCGGAAUUAAUGUCCAUUGUUGCGGAGAAGCCACGCUCGCUGGACAUCCCGCGCUUUAUGCAAGAGAUUCUUAUAGGCGGCUCUUACGCUCUAGUGCAAAAGAAUCUCCUCGCUGAUACGAUUCCGUUGCUGUCCCUGUUGCCCGUUACUACAAUCGGGGAUUACAUGACGUUUGACAUAAAAAUGAACGAUUUGGACAUUACGCUGAGCCACGAGAAACUCUGGAACACAUCGGUGAUGUUGCUCUCGCCGCAGCAAAGGCUCGUUCCUUAUCGUAGCGAUCUAUGGACUAGGCUGUGGGAUCAGCUAAGUAAAAAUGGUGGCGAUAAAUUAAGAUUCAAAUCUAGCCAUAUUGCGGAGAAGCUAUUAGUCUCUUUAGCUUGCUAUCAACCAGAGGCCUUGUCCAGAUGCAGCACUCCAAUGUCACCAAGUGGAGGAUUUGUUGCAGUACCUCUUGGAGAUUUCAUGGGUAAUCGCAGUAUCAAGUUGGACUCGGGUUUACCGUUUAACGAGACUGAAAGUUGCACCGCUUCGAAGCAGGAGCAUAUCGUUUCCGUCAAUUUACGUGAACUCUCCAUGUACCUUCUGAAAAACGGCACGUACAACACGUCGACCAUGCAUACGCGAGGCUCUUGCACCCCGUUACACGUUCAUGCCAUGGCUACGAGAUACGUGGCUGCGCAAUUGGAAGCUUCGCGUAUAUUAUGUCAAAUACUUUGCAGGGCGGCCGGCGUCGAUCCAAGAAUCGAGCAAGAACGUGGAUUUAAUCUCAUAGAUCAAUUGGACGAGGCGAGACGAUGGUUACUGUUUAUGCUUUUGCAACGAUACAGACACGCAAUAGAGAACAUCGCAUUCCCGGCACCACAGGGAUUCGCAUCAUUUUUCACUUAUCUCGGCUACCGCACUCUCAAGUAUUCAAUGUUUUUACAGUAUGUCGAACGUUCAGUGUUUGAACUCCAAGUUGACGUUACCAAGAUCAUUCUAGCCGAUAUAAGUGAUACGAAAGAGAAUGUCGUUCAAAAGUUGAAGUUGUUGUCCUUCUUGCCGAGAUCUCGUGCAAAAAGACUCUUAAAUCAAUGGCUGCAUCCAGUUAGCUUAAUGUUACGAGCCAGAGAACAUGCCGCUAAUAUUUUGUGCGGUGAAGUAUCUCAGAGUCGAACUGGAAGCCGAACUUUACAACAUCGGAAUCAUCACAAUAGUUUGGCAGCAUUUCCUUCCGCAGAUCGUUUAUCACCCUUAGAUACCUUUUUGGAUUUGCUUACUGCAAAAGCUAGUCUCACAGAAUUGGAUUUCGGGCUAUUGAUAGAGGCAACAGUAACAUCUACGGAGGAUUUUCUCUAAUGGAAAUUAAGUUUAGUAUUUGUAAUCAAAGAAUGUAAUAAGUGCUUUCUUUUUAAUAGAUAAUCAAUUAUAAAUAAUACUUUAAACUUUUGCGAUCGAA